AUGUUACCGUUAAAAUUCGAAUUCUGUGAUUGGUUGAAUUUGUUCCUUUUUAGUUUAUCUCACCUCCCUCCAACCCCUUUUUUCUCCACCUUUGAUGCCUUUUCUUGGCCUUUUUUCCUCUUAUUUCUCUUCUCUCUGACUCUGUCUGUCUCUCUCUCUCUCUCUCUCUCUCUCUUUCUCUUUCUCUUUCUCUCUUGCUUGACACACCUUUUAUACUCUCUCUCUCUCUCUCUCUCUCUCUAUCUAUCUAUCUAUCUAUCUAUCUAUUUAUCUAUCUAUCUAUAUAUAUCUCCGUAUUUUCAAUGUUACUUUUUUUCACUUCUUUCUUUUUCUUCUGCUUACCGAAAUGAAAAUGAAAGAACCAAGAAAUCUGUGAAACAAAACACGCACGCUCUCUCUCUCUCUCUCUCUCUCUCUCUCUCUCUCUCUCUCUCUCUCUCUCUGAUUGUCGCUCCCUUAUCGUAUAUGUUUCUAUCGUCCUAUCACUCACUGUGUAUAUUUCUCUGGUUCUUUUUGUAUAUCUCUCUAUCUGUUUCACUCCUUCACUUUGUCAAUCUCUCUCAUUCUCUGUGUCUUCUCUGUCUCCCGCCCUCUAUUUCUCUCUGUCCGCCUUGUCUCUCCCCUAUCUGUCUGUCUCCCACUCUGUAUCUGUCUGACUGGCUGUGUGUGCUAGUCGAUCUCUCUCUCUCUCUCUCUCACUCUUUGUCACUGUUUGUAACCCUUAUUGUCUGUCUGUCUGUUUCUGACAUCCACUCUCUCUGUUUGUCUUUCUGUCUGUCUUUCAUUUCUCUCUCUCUCUCUCUCUCUCUCUCUCUCUCUCUCUCUCUCUCUUGGGUCUAUCUGUCUGUUUACCUGUCUCUCUCUUCUCUGUGCCUGUCUAUCUGUCUAUCUAUCUCUCCGUCUGUCUGCCUGUCUACCUGUCUACCUCUCUCUUACUCUCUCCUUCCCUCUCACUCGAUAUGUCUGCAUAUUUUCUCUCUUUUUUCUCUCUCUCCCUUCCUUUUACAUGUCACGCUCUCUCUCUCUCUCUCUCUCUCUCUCUCUCUCUCUCUCUAUCUAUCUAUCUAUCUAUCUAUCUAUCUAUCUAUCUAUCUCACACUCAGCUCUGUCUAUCUCCCUCACUGGCUGUCUUUGUUUCUCUCUCCUGCUUUCUCUUUCUCUGAUUAUCUUCAUGUCUUUUUGUCCCACUCUCUCAUUUUUAUUUCUCUCUCUAUGUCUCUCUCUCUAUCUAUCUAUCUAUCUAUCUAUCUCUCUAUCUAUCUAACCCUCUUUGGGUGUAUCUGUCUCUUUCUCUCCUUCUCUCUCCUUCUGUGUCUGUCUCCCCCUCUCUCCUUCCCUCUCAUUCGGUGUGUCUGGCCCUCUCUCCUUCCCUCACAGUCGGCAUGUCUGUCUCUCUCUCCCCUCCUCUUCCUCCUCCUCUUUCACUUGACUUGUCUUCCACUCUCUCUGUCUAUCUCUAUCCCUCUCAUUAUCGGACAGCAAUUUCAACAAAUUUUUAUGACUGUGCUGAUAUUUAUACAUAAAUAA